UCAUAAACUUUAAUCAUGUGUCAAUAACACAAUAAAAGUCAGAUUAUAUCAACCAGAAGUGUCUGAUUUACGUGAUGUUAAAGUUAAUAGGUUAACCUAUAGAUAUCUCAAUAUUUUACGCAGAUUCAACUGCUGUUACCAUCAUGAGUGACAUUUCGCAAUCAGAAUCUUACGAAAACCAUAUACGCAUUAACACCCACAGUACAGGUUCCGAUGGUGAUAAUAAAUUAGAACCCUCUAGUCCUGUAGAUAGACAUACAUUUUCUAGAUGCAGCAGUACAGGUUCUGUAAAUACUCCUUCUUCAUCUGCUCAUAAUACUGAGGAUGAAGACAGUGAUAAUAAAAGUUCAACGAUAAGUUACAAAGAAAGACGUAGGGAAGCUCAUACACAAGCAGAGCAAAAACGAAGAGAUGCUAUUAAAAAAGGAUAUGAUACCCUUCAAGAUCUUGUACCAACAUGUCAACAAACAGAUCCUUCUGGUUAUAAAUUAUCAAAAGCAACUGUUUUACAGAAAUCCAUUGAUUACAUUCAAUUUUUGUUACAACAAAAGAAAAAACAAGAAGAAGAACGAAAUGCUCUGCGUAAAGAAGUUAUUGCUCUUAGAAUAAUGAAAGCCAACUAUGAGCAGAUUGUUAAAGCUCAUCAGACACAGCCUGGACACUCGGAAACAUGUGUUUCAGAUGAAACUAAAUUCCAAGUGUUUCAGGCUAUUAUGGAUCGCUUGUUUCAAACUUUUGACAAUGUAUCAGUUGCUAAUUUUGCUGAAUUAUCAGCUUGUGUUUUUACUUGGCUUGAAGAGCACUGUAAACCACAGACUCUUAGAAAUGUGGUCUUGUCUGUCUUACAACAACUCAAUAAUCAAAUCAGCUAGUGGAUCAAAAUAUCCCUAACUUAUCCUUCAGUCGGAUUUCUUAUAGAAAUCAGCUUAUAAAGUACAAAUGAGAAAAUAUUAUUCUUUAAGUUUAUGAAAUUUGAAAUAUUUCAAAGUAGUUGAAAAUAAUGUACCAUUGUGUCAAAAUUUUAUUAAACUAUUUUUUAUUACAUGUGACUAGUUUUGAUAAUAAACUUAUUUAAAACUUGAUGUUUCCAAUAUUUUUUUAU